CCUGCCUCGCCGCCAGUCGCUCUCGAGCCUUCAACGCGCGCGGUGCUCGCUUGCUCUCCUAACAACAAUCGGGAACGGCCGAAGACGACUAAACACACCAGAAUGUGACCUAACAAGUGCACCCUUCUGCAUCUAACUUCCCUUCACCUUCCCCGAUAGCUUAAGUUUAACAAACUGCACUUUCAAAACGCAUAUUAAUUCCCCGUGUGUGCUUCGUGUCAAGCUCGCGUCAACAAAACGUGUGUGUGUUUUAAUAAAUAUUAGUCUAGUUAGUGACUUGGGCCCGUCAUGACGAUAUCAUACGCCGGCGAGGUCCCCAACGGCAGCAGUUUCGGAUGCUUCUGGCGGAUCCUUCUCAAAUGGCGCGGCAGUGUGUACAAGCUGGUGUGGCGGGAGCUGCUGGCGUACCUCACGCUGUACUACACCAUCAACUUCAUCUACCGCUUCGCCAUGACGGAGCAGCAACAGAGAAUAUUCGAGAAGGUCCGGCAGUACUUCGGCGCUCAAUCCGAGUCGAUCCCGAUGUCGUUCGUGCUGGGCUUCUACGUGAGCCUGGUGGUGAAGCGCUGGUGGGAGCAGUACAAGCUGCUGCCGUGGCCCGACACGCUGGCGCUGUUCAUCUCCGCCGGCAUCCCUGGUGCGGACGAGACGGGUCGUCUGAUGCGACGGAACAUCGUGAGGUACAUGAUCCUGGCCUACGUCAUCACGCUGCAGAGGGUCUCGUUGAGGGUCAAGAGGAGAUUCCCCACGUGGCAGCAUGUCGUCGAUUCAGGUCUUAUGCUGGAAAGUGAGCGUAAAGCCUUCGAGAAAAUGGACGGCAAAAGCCCGAUGUCGAAGUACUGGAUGCCCCUGGUGUGGGCCACCAACAUCAUCAACCGGGCGCGGAAGGAGGGUCUGAUCACCAGCGACCACAUCGUGCAGACUCUUCUGGUGGAACUGUCUGAUAUAAGGCGGCGGUUAGGAGCGCUCAUUGGCUAUGACACUGUCUGUGUGCCGUUGGUUUAUACUCAGGUGGUAACCCUAGCCCUGUACACCUACUUCGUGGCAGCCCUGAUGGGGCGUCAGCUGGUGCCUCCCGCGCCAGGGUCCACCUCCAAGUAUGAGCCUGACGUGUACUUCCCGCUCUUCACUGCACUGCAGUUCUGCUUUUACGUGGGCUGGCUGAAGGUUGCAGAAGUGCUGAUCAACCCAUUCGGUGAAGACGACGACGACAUUGAACUCAAUUGGCUAAUUGACAGACAUAUCAAGGCAGCGUACAUGAUCGUGGACGAGAUGCACGAGCAGCCGCCGGAGCUGCUGAAGGACCAAUACUGGGAGGAGGUGGUCCCCAAGGAUCUACCCUACACCGUCGCGUCGGAACACUACAGGCGGCACGAGCCCCCGUGCUCAGCGGACCACUACAAGGUGAAGGCUGAAGACGCAGUCUACGCGAAUGUACAGACAUCGCCCCGGAAGAGCCACGACGAGACCUACGCGGACUAUGAAAGCGUAGACACACCACUGGUGGAGCGGCGAAAGAACUGGUUCCAGAGACAGAUCUCGCGGAUGGGGUCGGUACGGUCAGCAUCGACGUACUCCUCGGGGGGUCUAUUCGGGGGCCGCCACCGCCACAAUUCGGUGGUCUAUUCGAGCCCCGAGGCGGGCCAGCCGGCGUUGCAGACGCCACAGCAUCACAAGAUAUCGCUGUACGAACGACUAGUCGGCAGGAAGUCUGGACGCCAUAACAGACAGAACUCUAGGCAUGGUGGCCAGAAGAGCAACGGUUCAGCCAUCCCCAUAACGGUACGCAACCGGCCCCGCAUCCCGACUCCCGACGUCACCAAGGAGGUGCUGGACCGAGAACGCCUCGGCAUGAGCGUACAAAGCAUGGGAGUGAUCAUGGCGCACCAGAACGAGAUGCCCGUGCUAGGGGCGCUGGUGCUGUCGCCUAUACAGGAGCUGGACAGCGGAUCCGUAAACAACACGCUGCACGCGGGGCAGCCGGGCACGACGGCGCUUGCGCAGGCGGUGCUGUCGCCCGCGCUGUCGUCCGCCGGCCUGGCUCCCAUGCUCACCGCGCCCGUCACCAUCACGCAGCUGGUAUCCUCCCCCCCUUCGACCCCCCGCGACCGCGCCCCGCCCUCCACCCCGCCGCCCCGCGCCACGCUCACCGAGCUCAGCGACGACGACGCCGCCCCGCCGCCCGCGCCACCCGCCGACCUCAUCCGCCAACCCAACGGCUCCAAACGAGGAGAGGUCUACGUCUAGCGCCAACCGCCAUAUUGCGGACGUUCACGGAAUUAAAUUCGCUGAGUUGAAUCUCUAUUUAUCCGUCCAGAGUACAGAAGAUUGCACGACUUGAAUCUCUAACUAUCCGUCCAGAUUUGAAGUUUGUUGGUUAGUGUUUUUUUUGUCUAAAUUGUUCCAGUUUUUAUGUAUUGUGUAAGUAGGUAGUUAAAGUAAUAAAUGAUUUAUGUAUAUGACUUUAAAGUGCCACGAGUCGACAGAUGUAAGUUUAAUUAUUAAUGUUGCCAAUGAAAGGCAAAGUUUGCAGGGUAAAGUGACAUGGUAUUACCAACUUUGGGAUCUGAUUUUAAAUAACAAUCAUGUUCGAUAUUUUACGUAAGUAGGUAGAGUAAAAUUAUUGAAUAGCGCGGGGCGCGAGUUAUAGUUGAUAAUUAUAAUUAUGUAAUUAAAUGUGAAUAUGAAUUUAAUAUUGAUAUAUUUUAUGACAAAAAAUAGUUUAUAAUUAUUGACCUUAAAGAAAAUAACUAUUAUAAUCGUUAAAUUAGGACUUAAAUGUGAAACACGACAAUAAAACAUUAUAGCAAAGUA